AUGAAUCGCGAGCAAAAGCGCAGAGGUCAGUUUUCCCCCAUGGUUUCUAUCAUAUUCACAAUUCAAUCAUUGCCCAUUUACAUCAUUUCGUUUGUAGGCAUCCACUUUUUCAUACCACUAAAGCACGACGCAGCGCAGUCAUCACACCUCCAGCCCAUUUCAAAGGUGGCCGCACCAGUAUUUCUAUCCUUUCCUCUUCUAGGUACUGUGGGCUGUCCAGACCCCCUGUCACAACUGCACAGCGUCUGCACUGCGGUCGAUAAGAAACGAGCAGAAAAAGGUCUGUGGUCUGGGUUCUGGGUUCCAGUCGUCGGGCCGUUGGGAACUGGGGGGGAGGGACAGACCUCGAGAGGUUCAAAAAUGAAGCAUCUUGCUCUCAUGGAUUGGAUGCUUGGACCUUUGAAUGUUCGUCCCACUUCCGCUUCCCGCAUAAUCCACUCGAAGUGUGGACGACAAGGUCAAGGUCUCCUUCCCAUCGCAACCUCACGGGACGACAAUAUGGCGGCAUCACCACCAAAGACGCCGACGAUGGGAGACAAGGUGGUGAUAUUCCCGCUGGAGGAACCGGGCCAGAUCUCUGUGGUUGCGGUGUCUAUCGUCUUCAUCAUCAUUCCGACGUUGAUGGUGAUCCUCCGCCUCAUCGCCAGGCGCAUGGCCCAUAGAGAUAUGGAUUUGAGUGAUUGGUCUAUAAUUGCUGGACUCGUCUUCUCCAAUGCCUUGCAAGCAAUUUCCAUAGUCGCUGUGAUGCAAUGUGGCGUUGGCCUUCACAAUGCCGUCAUCAUACCCAAGUAUGGGGUCGGGCCAAUCGUCAAGUUUCUCAAGGUCCUCGUCGCGCAACAGAUCCUGUGGGCCAUCAGCCUCAGCCUCUGCAAGAUCUCCAUUCUUCUCCUCUACUCCAAGCUCUUCAGCACCAGGUUCAUGAUCUUGUCGGCGCGGAUACUGGCCGCCUUCACCAUGAUGUGGGUCAUGGUCACGGUGCUGAUCGCCUUCUUCAUCUGCAUCCCCCUCUCGGACAACUGGCUCCUCGAUCUCAAGAACCGACACUGCGGGAACCAGCCUGCAGCGGAUGGCACGAUGGGGGUGUUGAACAUGAUCACCGACAUCAUCGUCCUCGUCAUGCCGAUUUCUCACUUGUGGAGUCUUCGGCUGGAGAUGUACAAGAAGGUCGCCCUGAUCGUCACCUUCUCGCUCGGAGUCUUUACGUGCAUCGUAUCGGCUCUGCGCCUCUACUACCUUGCCAACCUCGUGUACCUCGACGUAACCUUCAACAUCCCCAACGCUCUCAUCUUCAGCGCGUUGGAGCCCGGCGUCGGCAUCACCCUUGCGUGUAUCCCCUUCCUCCGACCUCUGCUAGGCCGUUCCUCGUACUCAACCAAGGGUACGGCAAACUACUACAGCUCGAAUGGCAAGUCGGAUGGUCUCUCAAAUCGGCGGAGCGAACGCCAAAGUGACGGAUUCGUCCUCGUGGACAAUUUGUCGCAGCAGCACCUUCGGGAGGCCGAGCAGAAUGAUUCAGCACCAACUAUGCCCAGCAAGGUCACGUAUAGCAGAAGCAGUAGUGUUCCAGAUAUAGAUUAG